UUAAGGAAGCUUCCGUGGAAGAAUCGAAGGAAGGAGAGGAAGGAGCUUGGCGCAAGAUCAGGACUGUGCCAUUGAAGUGGCUUUUCCCUCCCAGAAGCAUGGCUCUUUGGCUUUGGUCUCCCUUGGUUGUGGUCUUUCUUGGUUUUGGGGGUGCCCAAGAUCUGGGCUUCGAGGCCUGCAAGCAGCAAGGUCUCAAAGUGCUGGAAGUGCUGCCUGGGGGUGGUUGGGACAACCUGCGCAAUAUGGAGAUGGGGAUGGUGAUGAGCCUUAACUACUCUCUGUGCCGGACCACAGAAGAUGGUGAAUAUCUUAUCCCCAACAAUGUCUUCGUGGUGCCGCUCAAGAAGAGCACGGUGGAAGUCCACUCGGAGCUUAUACAGGACUGGCUGACCUAUACUGAUGCCUUUGCCUUCUCCAUCAAUGCUGAGGCUUCUUUCCUGUCUGUGCUCAAUGGCAAAUUCUCAUACAGCUCUCAGCAGACCAAGAUGCACAAUGUCUAUGAUGAGACCUUCACCACAAGGGUGCAGGCACGAUACCACAUCUAUUCCGUGAAAGCACAGCCGUCCUUCUCCUUGCACAAGGACUUUCGCCACCAGCUGGUGAACCUGGGCAACCACUUGGAGAACAACCAAAGCCGGGCCGCUGAGUACCUUGCAGAGAUGCUCGUUCUCAACUACGGCACCCACGUCCUCACCAGUCUGGAGGCCGGUGCCAGCCUCAUACAGGAGGACCAGGUGAAGCGCAGGUUUUUGUUAGACAAGCAGUCGGAGAAAGUAGGCAUCACGGCCGCCGCAUCAGCCACUUUUUUCAGCAAGAUCAAUGUGGGAAUUAACCUCUCUGUGGAUGCCUGGGAUGACCUGACUAAGGGCUACUUGGCAAACACGGUGGAUUCCAAGGUGGAGAGCUGGGGCAGCAUGCCCUUCUACCCUGGCAUCACUCUCCAGAAGUGGCAGGAGGGCAUUGCCAAUGGCUUAGUGGCCAUAGGCAAGUCUGGGCUGCCUCUGCCCUUCUUCAUCACCCCGGAGGCCUUGCCAGAACUGCCCGAACCCACCGUCCGGCGAGUAGCCAAGGCAGUGAAGAAUGCCAUCCGCCUCUAUUACGCCGUCAACACUCACCCAGGCUGUGUCAAGCCAGAUGCUAGCAACUUCAACUUCCAGGCCAACGUGGACGACGGGUCCUGCCACAAACCAUACACCAACUUCAGCUUUGCCGGCGUCUUCCAGGAGUGCUAUGGUGUGUCUGGCCCGGACACGGAGAGCCUUUGCCAGCCCUACCGCACCCCGAACCCGCUGACGGGAGACUACUCAUGCCCGGACAACUAUUCCGCCGUGCUGCUGCAUGGGGAGCAGCGCACGGCCAGCACGCCCACGCAGGAGUGCCAUAAGCAGUGCCACUCCUGCUGGCUGGUUUUCACCUGCUGCCGCACGGUGUGCGGGGUCCGUUAUGUCCCCAGCACCAUGCAGCUCAACGGCUACUGGUGUGCCGCAACAAGCUCCGUGCCUCAGGACUCGGGCUUCCUCUUUGGAGGGCUGUAUAGCACCGGGAGCUUGAACCCGUUGACUGGCACUUAUGCCUGCCCACCCUACUUCUUCCCACUGGUGCUGUUUGAUGAUUUCAAGGUGUGUGUCAGCGGAGACUAUGAGAUGGGAUCCCGGUCCGCAAUGCCCUUCGGUGGCUUCUUCAGCUGCAAGGCUGGCAACCCUUUGGCUGGGGUGCUGAAGGGGCAGAGCCCCGGGAUGGUCCAGGAUUUCUUCUUCCGGGGCUCGCCAACCAAAUUCCCCAUGAAGUGCCCAGUUGGAUACAGCCAGCACAAGGCCUACUUGAGCGAUGGCUGCCAGAUUGACUAUUGCUUGCAAGCGGGGGCCCUUUUUGCCCAGCAGCUGGCACCCAUCCAGCUCCCACCCUUUUUGCGGGCACCAUCCUCGAACCCCAACCCUCCAGAAGCCAUCCUGGUGCGCCGCGAGGGUAACCAAGCCUGGGUGAAGAUGCGUCAAAGCGGGAGCUGGAGGCUGGCCAAUGCCACCGAUGAGAAGGAAAUGGCUCUUCUUUUCCAGGGAGAGGACGGCUCACAACUGACAGGGGGCUCCAUUGCUGGAAUUUCAGUGGCCACAGUGGCUAUCUGCACAAUUAUUGUAGCUGUCAUAGUUUAUAGAAUUCGGCGCUCCAAGACGAGAGGCUACCAGGAGGUUUCCUCAGCCUCUGAGCGUCUAGUAGAGGACCAAGGAACCUACGGAGCUACAGCAAGUCCUCCAGAACCCAGUGCUGUCUAAUGGCUUUUUAUGUGUACCCUGGAGCUACCCUGCAUAGUUUCAGUGAGAGCGUAUGAGUCCAGGAAAGGGGUGGGGGAAAAGAAUAGUAAUUGAUGGGGUUGUGGGGAGCAAGCAUUAACCCCAACAUUGCCUAGUAUUGAAAUCCAGGUUUAUGCAAUGGUUUGGGGCUGCAGUGGUGGGAAGAGAAAUAAACUUCCUCUAACACUUAAUGCAUACAGGUAAAAUUAAGAAAAAGGAAAUGAAUGUAAUGUAAUGGCUUUAGCAAGUGCAAUAUUAGAUUUCUGCAGGAAUGAAGGGAAAAAAACGCAGAACUGAUAACUAGAGUUCUACAGUGGAAAGGGAAUAAAUUACAUUGAAAUGGGGAUAGUGAGACAGGUAUGGAGGGAGGAGGUACAUAGAAAGCAAAGGCUGGGGCGAUGUGUAAUCAUAAAGGCAGAGCAACUCUUGUGGCAGCAUAUUAAGAGUUAAGGUGUUGCUUACAUGAGGGUUUUUGUUUUAUUGGUUGUACUUUUAUUGUACCAUGACUGUUGGAAAGCGAUACCUGAUCCUCUAACAAAUAAGCAAGCUGAAGCACUGAGCAGAAACAAGAUUCCUUUGGCCUUUUUCUAACUAAUUCAUUCUGAGAUGUAUGUAUUUUUAGAUAUUUACUCCUUGUGCAUUCCUGCAGUACUAUAUUAUUGCUAAUGAGCAGAGGCAACAUGAGAGUGAAGCAUUAAAUCAGAGCAGGCAACUGAACUCAUGCACACCUGGACUCAUUGCAGGGGGUAGCUGUGCUAAAUGGUCACAAGAAGAACCAUUGCUUUGGUCUCACAGCAUCUUCAAAAGGAACAAAUUCAGCCUGGCACAAGCCUUUUGUGGGUACCUGCCCCCUACAGCAGGUACUCCUAGACUGUGAUCCAGGGAAGCUCAUGCCACAAUAAAUCUGGUCUUUAAAGUGCCACAACUCUACUGGAUUCAGCACAUGCAGAUCCAUUCAGUCAUGAGAGGCUCAGGUCAAAUACACCCAGCAUUUCAUUAUGUGCUGAUCCCUUUUACAUACUGGGCCAUCUUCGAAGUGUUCAGGGCCUUCAUGAGGUAUUAUGUGUUCUUUCUGGUGAACUGAUAUGCAGUUAUCCCAUUUUAUUCUCAUAAUGCCACCAGGGAGAUCAGGCUGAGAGAGAAAAUGACUUGCCACUACGCUUCACAGGUGAAUGGAGAGUCAAGCUCAGUUAUCUUUGGUCAAUGUCCAGCAUCCUGUCUAACGCAUCACACCUGCUUGUUGAACAAAAUACUUUUUAUAACCCAGAAAGGAGGAUGCAAUCCUACACACACUUAACUGGGAAUAAGCUGCACUGGAGUCAUUGGGACAUUUCUGAAUGCAGGAAGAUGCUGUAUAUCAGGUCAGGCCAUUGACCCAUCCAGCCCAAAGUUAUCUGCUCUGCAUGGAUUGACUGUGGCUUUCUUCAGUCUUAGAUGGGAAUCCUUCCCUGCCCUGCCUGGAAAUGCUAAGGAUUGAACCCAGAACUAUCUGCAUAGGAAGCAGGCACUCAGCCACUGAAUUGCCACCUGGGAACGUGCUUUGAAUAUCAUUUGUACAUACCCAGGCUUACAAAUUCAUUGACAUCUUAGAUCAAAGCCUUGCUUUUUAAACUGAGGGUUAACACAAACACUGUUACAGCCUUUCUUCCUCUUUUGUUACUCUUGUGUAAGCACAGGAAAGGGACUAAUCCAAAUUAUGGCCUUGCAUGGGAGGGCAGAGGGCUCUAUCCCUCCUCCCCCACAGACAACGUGGGCCUUUUCUGGAUCAGGGCCCCCAUGCCUGCAAUUAUACUGCCAAGUGGUGGCCUCCGCCCAGAGAUAGGAUUAAAAUCGUCUCUGUUGUCAUGCACGACCCAAUCUGGACUGGGCCACUUCUCACACGAAAGUAAAACAGAGCAUUUCUUACUUAAAAGGUAAGGCCAUAUGAGUGAUUAUCUCAUUUUAUCAAUAAGGCUCUGGGGAGAUUGCACAACAGCUUAGCAGACAGUGUACAGACACAUGACGCUUCUCGCACAUCAGCACAGGGCUGACUCACUGCUUGCUGCAGCUGCUUUUGCUCAGGAUGAAGCAACUGUUCCCAUGCUUCAUCAGGAGCCAAAGUCAUGGGUGGGCACGUCCUGACAUGGGGCUGACCCACAUAUGGUUCAGGACACUUUUGUUUGCCACUGGAACUGGCCAUGAAAGCCUGGAAACUACUGUAUUGCAGCCGCAUUUACAGCUCUCUUUGCUCCUAUCACUUUCUCAUUUUUCCUCACUCUUUGGAUUCAGAUUGUAAAUUCUUUGGUGGCAGAGUACUGGCUUUUGCUUGUAUAGUUAUGUUGAAUGUCUUAUAGAUUGUGUCUGUUUAAUAUAGAGGCAUGUGGCUAUUUCUAAAAAACCGACUUCUUUAGAAUUGACUAAUCCUCGACUUCCCAGAACAUUUAUGGCAUGUCUUGUUGAUAAACACUUGCUAAAGGCACUUACCUGUUUAUUCCUAUGAAAUGCCCAGGAGGUUAAAGCUAACUCAUCUUGGACAUCUCCUGAGGGUGAAAAGGAGACAAAAACUCAUGGGUAGCCUGUUGCCCUGAUGUGUGAUGGAGGACACAGUCCUAGCGCCCGUGAGAAGCCUUGAGAAGAGAAGACUGUCAGGGGACAUGAUAUCCCUCUAUAAGUACCUCAAAGUCUGUCACAAAGAGGAAGGUCAAGAUCUCUUCUUGCUGAUGACAGAGUG